ACCCCGCGUUGCCUGCACCUCUAUCGUCUCGGUUGUCAUGGAUGAUGAAGAUGGCAGGUGCCUUCUAGAUGUAAUUUGUGACCCAGAAGCUCUUAAUGACUUUCUUCAUGGAUCUGAGACCCAUGGCCAUGUUCCAGAGGUCCAGCCUGCAGUGCAGUUGUCGGCCAAUGAGCCGGCAGGCCUACCCAGAGUCAGUGUUGACCUGGACUUUCUGGAGGAUGAUGACAUCUUGGGAGGAUCACCGGGUGGUGAAGGUGGGAGCAAUGGGAUUGGGACAAAUCACGAGCCAUGUGACAUCCUGCAGCAGAGCUUGGCUGAAGCCAACAUCACAGAGCAAAGCUUACAGGAGGCAGAGGCUGAGCUGGACCUGGGCUCCUUUGGUAUUGCAGGCCUUACGCAGGUGGUACAGACACUGCCUGAUGCCAGCCUCCCUGGGGCUGGAGGCACUGCUGUUGGUGUAGGCAUAGGUGUUGGUGUUGGGGGAGCAGCAGCAAUUUUCCCUGGGUCAGCCCCGAGCACCACAGCUACUCCUCCCAAUGCCACAGCCGACAUGCUGGGGUCAGUGCUUGCUCAGCAGGGCCUUCAACUCCAACCCCAGGUCAUGAACAAGGCCAUAAGUGUGCAGCCGUUUAUGCAGCCUAUGGGCCUGGGAAAUGUGACGCUUCAACCCAUUUCAAGUCUCCAAGCUCUUCCUAAUGGAAGUCAGUCAGGACAUUUGGGUAUUGGACAGAUUCAGGUUGUGGGUCAGCCUACAGUCAUGACUAUUAAUCAGUCUGGGCAGCCAAUCCUGGCUAAAGCCAUGGGAGGUUACCAGCUGCACCAGUCUGGGCCAGAGGUAUCAGGUGCUGGUUCUCAGGCAGGGCUUGGAGGCUCAGGGGGUGGACUUCUGAUCCAAGGUAACAAAGCCACUUUGGGAUCUCCAGCUUUAAAUGGACCGGCUGUUUGUGUCAGCAGCACAAACAGCAGCAGUGGUGGUACAAUGACUGCUCCUGCUGGGCUUCUUGGCUUUGGCAGCACCACUCUAAGUUCAGGAAUUGGACCCCAGGCGCAAACUCAAGGCCAAAUCAUGCAGAACGUGAUCAUCCAGCGCACACCAACACCCAUUCAGCCUAAACCCCCUCAGGGGGGAGCCAUCCAGCCUAAACUCUUCAAACAGCAGCAGCAGCACCCACAGCCAGCACCCCAACCCAUGCAAAACGAUGCCCACAAGGCUCUAGGGCUGCAGCAAAUUCCAGUUUCUGCUGCUCAGAAUGUAGCCUUCCUGACAGGAAAGCCAGGCUCAAACGUUGUCCUGAGUACUCAAGCCACAACACAAGGCCCUCAGUUUCAGCAAACCCUGUUCAAGCAACAAUCAACACAACAAUCUGGCAAGCCCCUCAGUGUACACUUGUUAAACCAACAAGGCAGCAUCGUUAUUCCCUCUCAGACAGUUCUGCAAGGUCAGAAUCACCAGUUUCUCCUGCCACACCUACAAGCAGGUGGGCAGAUCCUGACCCAGCACCCUGGGGGGCACAUCAUAACUAGUCAGGGACCUGGUGGACAGCUCAUCGCAAACCAGAUUUUAACUGCAAAUCAGAACAUCAACUUGGGUCAGGUGUUGACUUCACAGGGCCACCCUGGGGCUGCCCACAUCCUAUCUGGAUCCAUUCAGCUCCAACCAGGCCAGAUGGGCACACCCACCCUCUUUCAGAUGCCUGUCACAUUGGCUCAGAGUCAAAGCCAGACCCAGACCCACACUGUCUCAGGCCAUGCCCAGACAGUCAUACAGGGCAUGCCGAUCCAGAACUCCCUGACCAUGCUUAGUCAGGUGGAGGGGCUGAGCCCUGCAGUCAGCCUUCAGCCAGCCCUGCAACCUCAGCUAGGUGGUGUCCCCAGCAGCGGCAGCAGCAGCACAGGAGCAGCAACCAUGGCUCAAGGCCAGCCUGGCGAGUGUGUAACUGUGCUGGGUAGCUCCACAGACCAGGCCGCUCAUCCCACUCAGCAGCAUGCGCCGCAAGCCUCCAUCCUCGCCAUGCAACCAGGUUCCUCUGUGUCCACUGUUACCACAGUACCCUCUUCUUCUCCGUCCAUGUCUGUGUCCACCUCUUCCUCCGUCACAGCAGUGGGGCUGGUCCCCCAUCAGGCUCAGCACAGUCCAGGGAGGUUACUUUUCACCAACCAGGGCUCCAGUAUGAUCCUGAGCCAGGAGUCUCUGCAUAUGUUCUUGCAACAGGAGCAGCACCACCAAUCAGAGAAUGAGUCAACCCCCUCUGUGGGCGUACCAGCGUCUGUUAUCGUCAGCAGCAACAGCGUCACUGCUCCGGCCCCAGCUGUCCAUGACAGCCAAUUAACUGACUCUUGGGUGGGUCAGAGCCACAGCCCUUCCCUUGGCCCCUCCCACAUGACAGCUGUGGUAAAGCAGGUACCCUCCGGUGGACAUCAGCAGUCCCUGAAGAUCCAGGGCAUGUCCCCCUCACCGGCAUUGACCACUCACGCCACAGCGCCCCCAGUGGCAGUCAGCCCCCAGCCUUCCCAGUCUCCUCUCACUCUGAGCCAGCAGAUCCAGUCACCACACCAUCAACAGCAGUCGCGUCCUCCCUCCCAGCCUCAGCCACAGUCUCUAACUCCCUCCCGCUCAUGCACACCCUCAGCUCACCCUCAGCUCUUUAUUGUUCAUAACCAAAUGGCCGAGUCCCCCCAACCGGCUCCCCAAGGCCAGCCGCUGCAGACACAGGCACACAUUCAAGUUCAGCUCCAGCCUCAGCCACGACCGGCCUCACAGCCUGCCCCUUAUCAACAAGAUAUGCCUCCAAUGUCACAGUCACCCAAGCCUCCUCCUACACCACCUGCACAGCACCAGUUUACUGCUCCUCCUGUCAGCACUUCUGCCACUGCUGUAGUUAAAACCCAGGUUCCCAUCCUGGGCCUGACAGCAGAGCAGCAGCACCACCUGCAAUUAAUAGGAGCACAAAUUCAGACCCUGUCAGCCAUCACCCAGCCCUCCCUUCAGCAGAAACAGCUGCUGGACAAGCUACACCAGGUUCAGCAGAACAUCGUGCUGCAGGCCAAGCAGUCUACUCAGCCUCAAGCCACCGGUCAGUUCAGCUCCCAGCAAGACGGGUCUGUUGAUAAAGUGGUGAUUACAUCGUCAGCCAACACUGGUACACCUGCUCAGCUUCUCUCAGUGCUGCAGCCGACGCCGGUGCUCGUCAAAACUCCUGCGACAGCAACAAGUGACUUACAGGUAUUCUCAGGAGCCCAAGGGCCAGCUGGAGCAAUGAUGAAUCAGACUGUCACUCCUGCCAGCCUUACCCAGCCUGCACAGGUUCAGCCAAAGCCAGGGGUGAUCAGCUCAGUGGGAGGGAUUACUCUGGGGAAAGGUGGGAUGCAGAUACAGGUGUUAGGACCUAGUCUUAAUCAAAUGCCUGCUCCACAGCCCCCAGUUCCAGUACAAACUCAGACAACAACAAUGAAGAUGCCUUUCAGUGCAGAACCCAGCAAAGAGGCCAGGAUGCUAGAACAGCUGAGGAAACAGCAGGGUUCAGUGCUUCACCCAAACUACAGUGCUCCUUUCCACUCUGUUGAGGACACACUGCACAGACUGCUGCCUUACCAUCUCUACCAGGGAACUGCCAACUCUACUCAAGACUAUCAAAGAGUGGAUGAUGAAUUUGAAACUGUCUCCUGCCAUCUGCUGAAAAGGACCCAGGCCAUGCUGGAUAAGUAUCGCUACCUGCUCUUUGCCGAGUCAAAACAGAGACUGGGCCCCUCGGCAGAGAUGGUGAUGAUCGACCGGAUGUUCAUUCAGGAGGAGAAGAUUGCGUUGAGUCAGGACAGGAUUUUGGCCAAGGAGAGACCAGAGGAGUUUGUGGCAAACGCACGCAUGUUGGAGAGUGUCGUUUCAUCCCAACAGAAAUCCUCUUCUGCUGAGGCCACGUCAGUGAGUGGAGGUGUACCUGCUGCUGCCCCUGCUCCACCCCCUGCAGCUCCUGCCCCAGCCCCUCUCCCAAACAUUGCUCCAAAUCCUUCUCCUGCACCCACCCCAUCUCCAGUUCCUGCCCCUGCUCCAGUUCCUGCCCCAGCUCCAGCACCUCUUUCCACCAACCCUUUCCCCCCUACCAAACUAGUAAUAAAGCAGGGUGGGGGCGGAGCCUCUGUAUCCUGGUCCAGCAGCUGUCCGCCAGCUGCAGCGAGCAGGCUGGCCGAACCCACCAGCCAGAGCUCCUCCUACAGUCGGGCUCCGGCAGCAGCAUCAUCAUCCUCUUUCUCCUCUUCGUCCUUCAACUCUCCGGCAGCCGAUGAUGACGAUGCUCUCCCACAAAGAACCAGCAAACCGCCUAUGAAGACCUACGAGGCUCGCAGGAGAAUUGGCUUGAAGUUGAAGAUCAAGCAGGAUCAAACGGGGUUCAGUAAGGUGGUCCACAACACUGCCUUAGACCCAGUGCACACACCACAACCUCAGCAGAGCAGCCAGUCCAUAUCCAAGCCUCAGACUCAGCCCCAGUUCGAAGCUGCUGUACCACACCCAAAGUCCCAACCUUUGUCAACCCCUCCUUCUACAGUCAUCAGAACUCAGUCCCCCAUAUGCACUGCUUCUUCUGCCUCACCGGUCACCACAGCAACCACUCAGUGUAACCCACCACUGAGAGGUAAUGUCCCCCCCAAUGCAGCCCCAUCUUCCUCUACCUCUUCCUCUCAUACGUGGCCGUUGUCCACCUCCUCCUCCUCUUCCUCCUCCUCCACCUCCACUCAAAUGAACGGGACAUUGGACCACGACAACGUAGGUCGGGUCAAACACAAUUCUGCCUCCACUGCCACUCCCUCACAGACGACAUGUCGCCUACCCCUUCGAAAAACAUACCGGGAAAACAUAAGUCCCCGGGUGAGACCGGGUGUCCCAGGGGGAGGAGACGAAUGUUUGUCCUACCCCAGACCCACACCGUCACCCCCCAGGCACGAGGCCUCCCCCUCUCCCCCCUCAGAGCGGACAGUUAUAGCCAGUGUGAAGGUGGAGAAAAGAAGCAGAGAGGCAUCACACACUCACGCUGAUUCAAGCCACGAAACAGGCCGAUUAGGGAGUGCAAUGCAGGGGCUGGAUGAAAUGGAUGAGGUGUUUAACCGUGGUAUCAAAACCGCACAACACCAUCAUCUCCCACAGCUCCUAGACAGGGAAGGGUCAAAGGAGAGAGGGGAGGAGCACACUGACCCAGAGACAGAUGUAAGUAAAUACAAGAGGGCGAGUGGGAAAAAUAGACACAGGGCAGGUGGGACAUUCAGAAUGGACCAGCAUGCCCCUGGGCCUCCCUCUCCGGAGUCCUCCUUCACACGAGACUCUUUGCUUCCUGCCAAACGCUGCAAGUCGGACUCUCCAGACAUGGAUAACGCCAGCUUUUCCAGCGGCAGCCCUCCUGAUGACUCUCUGAACGAGCACCUGCAGUGUGCCAUCGACAGCAUCCUAAACCUGCAGCAGGAGCCCUCUGCCCGCGGGCACCACAUUAAAGGGGGCAACAGCAGGUCCCACCAACACCAAAGCCAGCGCCCAGGGGGCUCGGCAGCCUCAUCCCACAGACCCUCAGUACCACCCUCCUCCUCUGCUUCCUCGUCCUCCUCCUUGGCCCAGCACCCUCAGGUCGGUGGCCGUGGCCACAAUGGCAGCCUGGUUCCCCAGACCCAAAGCAGAUAACAGCCCCUCAGCCCCAGGCCAGACUGACAAGGGGGAACCACGAGACAGAUAUGGAGGCGGGGGAAGGGGGGGGCUUUGUGAAAACAGUAUCACUGUACUACUCUGCCAAGCUGUGUUGGCUUUGUUUGUCCAUUUGAAUUGUCCAGACAUUUCUUUGUCAUUUACAGCUUGAGGUUGAUCUGUGGUGGAAUAAGUCAGAGUAUGGUCAAAGUUAAAACUGUCUUGGUGAAUUGCAUACUUUAAGAUGUCUGGCAUUUUGUACGUGUUCCCUCAGCCAAGCUCAAGUAACAAGAUGAAAUUGUCAAGGGAUUUCUUUCUUCCUAUUUUGCUUUUGAUCUUUUCUUUUUCUCAUUCGGUAUUCAUACAUUCCUUUCCAGUGGUCUCGUUUUUUUCCUGGUUUACACGCAAUGUCUCAAUGAGCAUCAGGCAGCUCAUUUAAACGGUUAAGUUGUCAACAACCUUUUCUUUUUUGACCCGGCUUCCUACAGCUGAGAGACAAUACAGCCAGAUUCAUAUACAUAUAGUGUCUUUCCUUGUAAAUCAAAUUUGAUUCUCUUAUCACAAACAUAAUGCUGCCAUGCAAACAGCUAAUGCUAAAUUAAUACGGACCACCUCUUUAUCUAGAAUAAAUGUCCCUCGUUACACCGCCCACUCUUUGGCUUGAAAAAAAAAUCAAUUCGCCUCAACUUCCCUUUUGUCUGCAUUUUGUUUCGCAUGCAUUUUAAAGUGUUGACAUGAUGAGGAAAUCAUUUUUGAAAAUUUGUGAGGUUGUUUUCCUUUUGACUUCUCUUGGGUACUGUAGUCCUGUACUGUCAAGAUGUAAAUGAAAUGUGACCUUUUCUGCUUCAAAUGCUAGAUGAUUUUCCAGGUUUUUGUUUUGAGACCACACCUCCACACACACACACACACACACACACACACACACACACACACACACACACACACACACACACACACACACACACACACACACACACACACACACACACACACACACACCUCUGCUCUCCUGUUGCCUGUUAUUAUGUCAGGUUAGUACUUUAUGCGUUUCAGUCAGCAGGGGGCAGGCCUGUUUUAACUGUUUCUGUUUCUGUGUUCUUCUCAGUCAGUUUGUUUCAUCUUUCUGCUACUGUAUCCCUGGCUCCCAUCUGUUUUUUGUGUCUUUUUUUUUUAAGCCUGGUGGACAAUUCAAACACAAACAGCACAAGCAUUGAAAUGGAAAAAAAGGAACAAUAAUAAUGUACAAAAAGACAGUAAGAGAAUUUGAAGUAUAGUAUUACAGAUUAAUUUUGUAUUGUAUUUAUUGUGUAUAAUGACACUUUUUAAAAAGAAAUGUACAUUUAGUAAAACUGUAAAUUAAA